UCAGCGGCAGCGGGACGGAAAUGUAUCUUGUGAAGUGAAUUUCUUAUUUACUAUCAAUUUAUAUUGAUUGAGCCCAAAAUGGGGACAGAAGUAGCAAUAUCGUUUACGGCACUUCGUGCUCAGCUGGAAUCAGAACGGAGCAGCUUGUAUAAAAUAGACGAAAACAUCAAAAAGAUAGUCCAAACGACGGGUCGAUUCUCUAACGAUAGGUUCAAUAACUCGUCUAGUGACUACUUAAAAGGUGGACCACGUUUAGGAGGCCGAAAUUCAUUCCCUGACUCUAGACAAAAUGACGAUUCUUUUGGAAAGAGAAAACAAGAAACCAAAACAGUUUUUAGCAGAUUAUCAGCCCGCACACCAGGCAGUGAUGACGAGGAAUCUGGCGGCAAACGUCCGCGUGUCAUCUCCCAGGUGUCGCGCGAGCUGCCAACUCGGGCGGCCGUGCUGCGCGCGCAGGGCGGCGACGAGCAGGCGCGGACGCGCAACCGGCGGAUCUUCGGCUCGCUGCUCGGGACACUGCAGAAGUUUAAACAGGAAGAGAUUGUGCUGCAAACUAAGGAAGAAAAAAAGGCGCAGGUGGAAAGAAAAAUAGAGGAGCAAGCUCGAGUACAGAAAGAAAAAGAACAGAAGGAAAGAAAGACGCUCUUUGCUGAGAGAGAACACAAAAAAGCCACAAUCAAAGCCCUCGAAGCCAAGAUGGCACGAGUCCAAGAAUUUGAGAAGUGGGAGGCGUCUCAGAAGAAUCUGGGUAACUUUAUACUGACGCGAGCCAAGCCACAUAUAUACUGGAUACCCAAGAAGAUGACCGACAAGGCCACAGAGAAGCUCAACUCCAGUAGAAAGUAUCACGAGACUAAAUAUGGUCCUUUGUAUCGCAAAUGCAUGGUAAAGAAGCGCGCCGAGCUGCAAGAAGAACUACAACGGAUAGAGCAGCGCUGCCUGCGCGCGCGCGGCCCGCAGGCCAAGGAGAACGAGCCCGCUAGAGACGGGGACGGCGCCAAGAAGCGGGACAAGUUCGCCAACGACGCCGACCACAAGGACGGGGACGACAGCGACGGCGACGGGGAGGAGCAGCAGGACCACGAGCCGCAUACACAGCCUGAGGGCAACGGGCAUGCGGAGAUCAAGGAGGAGCCUGUAAAAGAGGAAACGAAACUGGACACAACCACCGAGCAGAACUCUACAAUGGAAGCGGAGAAGCCCCGAGAAGACUCGCACAUGUCGGUGGACAGCAGCUGGAUACAGAGCGCGGAGCCGCCGCCUGAACCCGCCCGGGUGCAAGCUGCAUGCGAGCUGUAGUGUAGGACAACAUGUUAACUGUAUAUGUGGAGGGUUAGAAUUCUGAGCUUUGGUCUCCAUUUGACCCUGUACCACAAUCCAAGUAACUAAACAUUUGUACAUGUCAUUGCAAAGAUUUAAAGCCCGCCCAUACGCGUCGCGUGGCUACAGUUCAACAUCAACCUUUGCGCAAAAUAUUGGUUUUUAAAUAGAGUAGGCGGUUAGUUCUUGGUAUGCCCGGAAUGUAUACAAACAUUACAAACUUCUAUAGGUGAGGUGAUGCUGUAAGUGGCGUAUGGUGAUGGUUUUAAACAUACGCCGUGGUCGAAAUCAGCCAGGACGGAUGGUUAUCUAGAGACCAAAAGCCUAAAAUCAAAGAAAUUAUUAUGCUGUGAUAGUGUCAGUUACAUUAGAUAUUUUGAUUUUUCUAAAACAGUACUAGUCUGUUUGGAAAGAGAAGAAUCAAGUAAAGUGCAGUUAAUUUUAAGACUCUUCUUUCUGUACAGACUAAUAUGUUUAUUUGUUUGAGCACAAGGUUUGUACGAGCCUGUUAGAAGGUUGAAGCGUGAAUAAGAACUGUGCGUUUCUCCAGAAACUUCCUGCCCCGCACAGCUAAACUGUGGAAUGAAUUGUCGCCUGCGGUAUUUCCGGACCGAUACGACCUUUAAAUCUUCAAGAAAAGAGCGUACACCCAUCUUAA